AUGGAGACAACAAACGGCACAGCGCAGACCGUUGCGCCAAGUGGCAAUGGUGAACAGACGCCCGAAUCCGGAGGAUUCAAGCUGAAGUUCUGCACGGUCUGCGCCAGUAAUCAAAACAGAUCUAUGGUGUCCCACCUCCGCCUUGCCGAGGCUAAUUACCCCGUGAUAUCAUUCGGCACCGGUUCUCUUGUGCGCCUGCCUGGACCAUCCAUCACUCAGCCUAAUGUGUACCACUUCAACAAGACAUCCUACGACAGUAUUUACCGGGAGCUUCAGUCCAAGGACCCCAAGCUGUACGUACAAAAUGGCGUACUCAACAUGGUUGACCGCAAUCGCAACGUCAAGUGGGGUCCUGAACGAUGGCAAGACUGGCAGGUCGGCAUGCCGCGCCUUGACAAGCCCGAUGACCGUGGCAGCCAGGGUGUAGAGGGUGGCAUCGUCGACAUUGUAAUCACGUGUGAAGAGAGGUGUUGGGAUGCUGUCAUUGACGACCUCAUGGCGCGCGGGGCACCUAUGAAUCGCCCGGUACAUGUCAUCAAUGUGGACAUCAAGGACAACCAUGAGGAGGCUAGCGUUGGCGGCCGCGCCAUCCUAGACCUGGCCAACACGCUUAACGCUGCCGCCACGGAGUCACGACAAUCUGCCGGUGCGGCCAAUUUUGACAGUGGCAGCGCUGGCGCCCGUGCUAGCUUUGACGAGCAGGUGCCUGAUAUCCUGGCCGCUUGGCAGGACCGCUGGCCGCAUUUGCCUGCGUUGUGGACGCUGGCAUGGUUUUAG